AUGGAAGAAACGAUUCGGAUCGCCAAAGGCUACGCCUGCAAAUCGGUGAAAUACGACAAAAACGGAAAAAUCCCCUGGCUCACUCAUGUACAGCUGAUAGGCGUCAACGACACUGUCGCCCACUUGGAGCCUUCUGAGGACCCCAUGGUGGCUAUAGGGAGGGCAUUCACAAGGAACUUGUGGGACCUGGGGCUCUUGGACGACUAUGUGCCUUCGCCAAAUACCUUGGUUGCGUCGACCCACACUUGUGUGCUCAAUUUGCUGUUUGUCAGUGGUGGAAAGCCGUACAAUUUGAAUGUGGCCUUUCACUAUGGAGAGAGAGAGCCAUAUCGAGAACUGAGUGUGGUUGUGAAAGACAGGGAUUUAGCUGAGCUUAUGUACCAGCGGGUCGUGGAGGGCAACAGGCUGUAUCUGGCUGUGGAGGCACGGGCGAGGUAUUUGUUGAAGCUUCACUCGGUGAAUUGUUCGAUGAACGGUUUGGAGUUGAUCGUUGCGUGA